AAGCUGAUCUUUUACGUUAAUACAUGAUAGUCUGUAGCUAAAGUUAAGCAUGGCAAUUGUCUUCUAUCGAGGAAUGUUGAUGCUUUACUUCCUUCUUGCAACAUCACAGACUGGAAGAACUGACACAGUGCAGCGUGGGACUAUUACGAUGACGUUAUAUUGGCUGGAUACUAAUGGACAAAAAGAUCAUGAGGGUAUAAAAUGUGACAAACAAAACACUUUUAAUCCUAGUUCUGAGAUCUGUGAUAAACAGCUCAGAUUCUCCCUCGGAACUCCGUCUAAUUUCACCAGAUACUGGAGCUUUACUUCAAAAAUACUUCGUAAUACUUAUUUAGCAUAUAAAUUUCUGCCUAAUGAAGCCCUCAAUAAUGCCGGUACAAUCAGAAAUCCUAUUGUAAUCCCUUUUAUUGAUGAGUGGUCGGGCAAUUUGCGUGUAAAUGUUUCCGUUUGGGAUCAAGACGGCACAUCGCCUAAUUUCUCGUAUAGGCUGAUGAACGAUUUUUUACACCUAUUUUCUAUCAAUGCUGGAAAUAAUCCUUGUUUGUCUAAUCCAUGUCAUUCUAAUACAACUUGCGUUAAUGGAACGUAUAGUUUCAAUUGUAUGUGUCCUCCGCAACGAACUGGUAAACUUUGUGAAACAGAAAUAGAUGCAUGCAAAUCAAAUCCUUGUGUAAAUGGUACUUGUUACAAUGUCGCUAAUGGAUAUAAUUGCUCCUGCUUACACAGUUUUACGGGAACGAGAUGCGAUAAUGGUGAUUUAAAUAUGUUGUAUUUUGAAAUUGCUAUUUAA